GCUCUUUGCACAUCUCUCUUAGCUCAGUUCUCUUCCAUUCUACAAGACAACUGAAGCCUGAGUGAAGAGUAAGAAGAUAGACAAGCCUUUACCAGACGCAUGCUAUGUCCCCCUAUUGAGUUAUACUUCAUCUUUGUUUUCUGAUUGGUUCCUCUAUCAAGCAAACAAAUUCAGAGUACACUCUGCUUCUGUUUCUGAAAAGCAAAACACAGAGGAUACUUUCAGAAAGCAUGAAGCUAUUGGCAUUCGGUUUAGUCUUAUUGAGCUUCUUACAAUCUUUUGCUACCUCUGACUACCAAGUUGCAGCAUUGUAUGAAAUAAGGACGCAGCUCAGUGAUAAGGGUGGUGUCUUAAAAGACUGGAAGGAUAACCAAAUGACCCCAUGCGGUUGGGCUAAGAUUAAUUGUCAAGACAACAAAGUUAUCGCAAUAACUUUGAGCUCAGUAGGAUUAGCUGGAAUCUUAUCUCCAAGCAUUGCAAAGAUAACAACUUUACAACAGCUGUUAUUAGAUGGGAAUGAAAUAAGUGGUGGAAUUCCUGAGGAGCUGGGGAACCUAUCAAGUUUGACAACUUUAAAUCUAGGAAGAAAUCAAUUUAAUGGCUCCAUACCUGACUCUCUUGGUCGACUCCUAAAACUUCAAAACCUAGAUCUAAGCGAAAAUGGAUUGUCAGGGACAAUCCCAAUCUCUCUCUCAAAUCUUUCAUCACUGAAUAAUAUAAAUCUAUCAGACAACAGCGAUCUUCAUGGUGAAAUACCAGAAAAUCUGCUCCAGGUUGCUCAAUACAACUAUACAGGCAACCACUUGAACUGUAGCCCACAAUCAACUCCAUGUGAAAAACGCACAGCUAAGACAGGGCCUAAAAUUAAAAGUAAUGUUUGGAUCUUGGUUGUUGUUUCUUCUCUACUUGGAGUUGCUUUGUGCAUCAUCUUUUGCUUUGGACCAAUCAUGUUCAGAAGCCUCAGCAAAGGCAAACAGAGAGUAAGGGAUAGAUCAAAUGUGGUUGUGCACCGAGAUAUCUUUCGAAAAAAGAUUGUGCACCGAGAUGAAGAGCUAGUAUGGGGAACAGAAGGGAACAAUCUAGAUUUCACAUUUUACAAUUAUUCACAAGUUUUGGAUGCUACAAAUGACUUCUCGGUAGAAAAUAAACUUGGGCAAGGUGGCUUCGGUCCUGUUUACAAGGGCCGACUUCCUGAUGGGUUGGAGAUAGCAGUUAAAAGACUUGCUUCGCAUUCUAUGCAAGGUUUCACAGAGUUCCGCAAUGAAGUCCAACUCAUAGCAAAACUCCAGCAUAGAAAUUUGGUUAGGUUGUUGGGAUAUUGCUCCCAAGGGGAGGAAAAAAUGCUGGUCUAUGAAUAUUUGAAGAAUCAAAGCUUAGAUUUCUUCAUAUUUGAUGAAAAAAGAAGGACCUUACUAAAUUGGGAUAAACGACUUGUGAUAAUCGAAGGGAUUGCACAAGGACUAUUGUAUUUGCAUAAACACUCUCGGUUACGGGUUAUACAUAGAGAUGUCAAAGCAAGCAAUAUUCUCUUGGACUAUGAAAUGAAUCCUAAGAUUUCUGAUUUUGGGAUGGCAAAAAUGUUUAGCUCAAAUGAUAAUGAAGGAAACACAGAAAGGGUUGUUGGGACUUUUGGUUACAUGGCUCCAGAGUAUGCUUCCGAAGGCCUUUUCUCUGCAAAAUCUGAUGUAUUUAGCUUCGGUGUGCUAAUUCUUGAGAUUAUAACCGGAGAAAGAAAUUCAGGUUUCUAUUACCAUGGAGACUUCCUAAACCUACUUGGAUACGCUUGGCAACUAUGGAAAGAGCAAAGAUGGCCUGAACUUGUGGAUAUAUCAUUGGCUACGAAUGGUUGUACACUAGAGAUGAUGAGGUGCAUCAACAUUGCACUGUUAUGUGUGCAAGAGAAUGCGACUGACAGGCCUACCACGUCAGAUGUAGUUGCAAUGCUAGGCAGCGAGAACAUGGCCCUACCUGAGCCCAAGCACCCAGGAUAUUUCCACGCAAGGGUAGCAAAGGAAGAGGCGUCCACAAUUGCAUACAGUAUCAAUGAUGCGACUAUGUCUAGCACACAUGGUACUCGUCAGCAGGGAGGACGCGCUGAAGGCAUGCAGGGACAUGAAGAUUUUUGACUGUUCCUGCCUAGUAAUGACAUCACUUGCAAGUUUCCUGAUGCUCUCGGGAGCUCAAUGUUACACAGAUACAUCCUUGACUCCGGGAUCAACAACCAAGGUAAGCUGGAAUAUGAAUUUUCAUCCUAGAUCCAGCUCGCCACCAUAAAUUCUUUAUCAAAGCACAGGUGGAGAGGAGCACUUCUGUGCUCAUGGCUGAGGUAGCGACAAUGGCGACUGCUGCCACCAUCAUCAGGUUGCUGAAUAUGAAUACAGACUCCUUCCUAAUGGACAAUCAAGCUCUAGUGAAUUUCUUUAAUGGGGGUAACUUGGACAAUCCUCCUCACUAGGAAAUUAAGUGUUUCACUCAAAUGUUCCUUAAUGAGGUGUUCGGUAAACAAAAUCAAGUUCUCAAGAUUGCAAGAAAUCUAAAUGCCACAGCUCACUCUUUAGCAAGCCAAGCUUUCAGACAUCCUGUUGAAGGACUAGGAAUCUUUAUCACAUCAUGUACAAAUUUUAAUCAUGCAAACAGGUGUCCUUUGUCUGAGGACCUACAAUCUGGUAUGUUAAACUUUUGUACUCUAGUUGUGGUGUUUUGCUGCUAAUAAUAUAGCUUGUCCAUUUGUCAAAAAAAUAGCACUAGAUAGCUCAGAUGAAACCCUAAGAUCAAUUGGAAGUUAACUCGUUUUCAAAGUUGGUUGAACUAAUGAAAAUAGGGGUUUUUUGUAUCACUGUAUUUAUCUAGUGCUUGGUAUAGAGGAUCACUGGAGAAAGUGGCAUGUGUAUUUGAGAUACUAUUUGAUGAAUAGUGUUGCUUGUUGAGUGGCACGAGAGCAGAUGGCACCAGAGAAAAGGCUCUUGGUCAACAUCGAUCGUGAAAGGAGCAAAUAGUUCCUAGACUCACUAGAAUAAUCUAGUGAGGAUCCCAAAAUCCAAUGCUCAUUAGAGAGGUUCCAGUAAAGGUCUGAAUCAUCGGAUAAAUCUAGUGGGUACCAUAGGAUAAAAUGCCACAAGGAUCCUACAGUAAAUAGUUAGAUGCUCACUCUUUAGCAAGCCAAGCUUUUAGACAUCCUGUUGAAGGACUAGGAAUCUUUAUCACAUCAUGUACAAAUGUUAAUCAUGCAAACAGAUAUCCUUUGUCUGAGGCCCUAUAAUCUGGUAUGUUAAACUUCUGUACUCCAGUUGUGGUGUUUUGCUCCUAAUAAUAUAGCUUGUCCAUUUGUCAAAAAAUAGCACUAGAUAGCUUAGAUGAAACCCUAAGAUCAAUUGGAAGUUAACUCGUUUUUAAAGUUGGUUGAACUGAAUGAAAAUAGGGGUUUUUCUGUAUCAUCUAGUGCUUGGUAUAGAGCAUCAUCAGAGAAAGUGGCAUGUGUAUUUGAGAUACUAUUUGAUGAACAGUGCUGCCGCUUGUUGAGUGGCACGGGAGAAGAUGGCAACAAAGAAAAGGCUUCAAGUCAACAUCAGAUCACGAAAGGAGCAAAUAGUUCCUAGACUCACUCGAAUAAUGCGGUGAGGAUCCCAGAAUCUAGUGCUCAUUAGUCAUUAGAGAGGUUCCAGUAAGGGCAUGUUAGAAUGUACAACAGGUCUAUAUGCCUCGUGUGUAAACUGUAUAUUUUGCGAAAAAACACCCUGCUUUCUCGAAUUGAAUGAGGAAAUACAACGUACCCGUCGUCUUGCGAGGCGAUGAGCUCGGCGCGUGCUCCCAGGUCUCGUCAACGGCCCAGAGCAGCGAUGUAUGGGGCGCGUCGUCUCCAAGCGAUGGCGUGGGAUCUAGAUGCGGCGCGUGCUAUUUUGCUUCUUCCCCGCCAAAAUCCUUCCUGGUAAGAUGCAGUGCUGGUGCAAGGAGUGGCAUGCGGCCCGGCUCCAUGCGUCGCCUGCCCGUCUCCAGGCGACCGCCCACUUCCACGCCACAGGCUGCAUCCACGUUGGCGCUCGCCUACUACCACCACCAUUCUUCCCCUCUGAAAGCCCUAG